UGUCACGUGCCUGUCAAACCCGUCGUCAACACAACCAGGAAGUAGCAGGAGGCAAACUAAGCUAACUAAACAAAAAAAAACUAAACGCUACGGCAAAUGUUGUGUUAAUAACUCGUAUCCAAACAGCUUACGGGCGGCAUUUGAGUUCAUCUAAGAAGGAACCAACUGCCGUUUUGUUCAGGUUUCUGUUGCCAUGGUGAGAGGGGAAAUAUGCUGCAGCCGCUGCUUGCUAACUUGUGAGCUAGCAGGCUAACGAUCAGCUGUUGUUUUGGUUGAAGCGGAGGAGAGGAGUCAGCCACGCCAAGUUUAUCAGAGCAGAUAUCCUCAUUAAAAUAAUUAGAAACACUGAAACCAGUGAGUGAUUUAAUGGAGACACUGGGAGGAGUGCCACCCUGACGGACUCUUCAGCGGGCUGUGGGUCAGCAGGUGUCCGGGGAAGAGACUCCUCGAGGCGGAUUGAACCAUCACAGAGAUCCGUGAACCACAAACUGCUUCAACAUGCAUGACGCGUAUGAACCAGUACCGAUCCUGGAGAAGCUUCCUCUGCAGAUCGACUGUCUGGCGGCCUGGGAGGACUGGCUGCUUGUGGGAACAAAGCCGGGGCAUCUCCUCCUCUACAGAAUAAAGAAGGAUGCAGGCACCAACCGGUUUGAGGUGACCCUGGAAAAAUCCAACAAGAACUUCUCCAAGAAGAUUCAGCAGCUUUACGUCGUCUCUCAGUACAAGAUUCUUGUCAGUCUUCUUGAGAACAACAUCCACGUCCAUGACCUCCUGACCUUCCAGCAGAUCACUGUCCUGUCCAAAGCUAAAGGAGCCACGCUCUUCGCCUGUGACCUGCAGCUAACCAGCGCCGGAGAGGAAAGGUUGAGAAUGUGUGUGGCGGUGAAGAAGAAGCUGCAGCUGUAUUACUGGAAGGACAGAGAGUUCCACGAGCUGCAGGGAGACUUCAGUGCUCCAGAUAUUCCUAAAUCCAUGGCCUGGUGUGAAAACUCCAUCUGUGUUGGUUUCAAACGAGACUAUUACCUCAUCCGGAUGGACGGUCGAGGCACCAUCAAGGAGCUGUUCCCCACUGGGAAACAGCUGGAGCCUCUGGUCGCCCCACUGGCUGAUGGGAAGGUGGCGGUUGGUCAGGACGACCUCACUGUGGUGCUGAAUGAAGAAGGCGUGUGCACUCAGAAGUGUGCCAUCAACUGGACCGACAUCCCCAUCUCAAUGGAGCACCAGCCGCCGUACAUCAUAGCUGUUCUUCCUCGGUAUGUGGAGAUCCGCACCGUCGAGCCCCGGCUGCUGGUGCAGAGCGUGGAGCUGCAGAGGCCGCGCUUCAUCACCUCGGCAGGGCCAAACAUCGUCUACGUCGCCAGCAACCAUUUUGUGUGGCGCCUGGUGCCCGUGUCCAUAGCCAGCCAGAUCCGGCAGCUUCUUCAGGACAAGCAGUUUGAGCUGGCUCUCCAGCUGGCGAAGAUGAAAGAUGAUUCCGACGGUGAUAAGAAGCAGCAGAUUCAUCACAUCCAGAAUCUCUACGCCUUCAACCUGUUCUGCCAGAAGAGGUUUGAUGACUCCAUGCAGGUGUUCGCUAAACUCGGCACAGAUCCCACUCACGUCAUCGGCCUGUAUCCUGACUUGCUCCCGUCAGACUAUCGCAAACAGCUUCACUAUCCCAACCCUCUGCCCACGCUGUCCGGGCCGGAGCUGGAGAAGGCUCACCUGGCUCUCAUCGAUUACCUCACCCAGAAACGCAGCCACCUUGUGAAACAGCUGAACGACUCUGACCCUUCGACGACGUCUCCGCUCAUGGAGGGAACGCCGACCAUAAAAAGCCGCAAAAAACUGCUGCAGAUCAUCGACACCACCCUGCUGAAAUGUUACCUACACACCAACGUGGCCCUGGUGUCCCCCCUCCUCCGCCUGGAGAACAACCACUGUCACAUCGAGGAGAGCGAGUACGUCCUGAAGAAGGCGCACAAGUACAGCGAGCUCAUUAUCCUCUAUGAGAAGAAGGGCCUGCAUCAGAAAGCUCUGCAGGUUCUGCUGGAUCAGUCCACCAAGGCCAACUCUCCUCUGAAGGGCCACGAGCGAACGGUGCAGUACCUCCAGAGACUCGGAGUGGAGAAUAUGGGAAUAAUCUUUGAGUUUUCUCCCUGGGUGUUGAAGAUCUGUCCUGAGGAUGGAUUGAAGAUCUUCACAGAGGACCUGACAGAGGUGGAGACUUUGCCCAGAGACAAGGUGCUGAACUUCCUGAAGGAGGGCUUCAAGGAGCUCGCCAUCCCGUAUCUGGAGCACAUCGUCUACGUGUGGGACGACGAAGGCCCCGAGUUCCACAACGUGCUGAUCCAGCUCUACCUGGAGAGGGUGCAGGGACUCAUGAAACAGUACCUCAACUCUCUGCCCGAAGGAGUUCCAGCUGUUGCCGCGGGGAAGGAGGACGGUGAUCUGGGCGAGUUCAGGAACAAGCUGCUGUCGUUUCUGGAUAUUUCCACCAGUUAUGAACCCGCCAGACUCAUCAGUGACUUUCCCUUCGAUGGCCUUCUGGAGGAGCGCGCUCUGCUUCUGGGUCGGAUGGGUAAACACGAGCAGGCACUCUUCAUCUAUGUGCACAUCCUGAAAGACACCCGCAUGGCUGAAGAAUACUGUCACCGACACUACAGCAGCUCAGUGGACGGGAAGAAAGAUGUGUAUCUGUCUCUGCUGCGGAUGUACCUGUCGCCUCCUGACGUCCACUGCCUGGGGCCGAUCAAGAUGGAGCUGUCCGAGCCUCAGGCCAACCUGCAGGCGGCGCUGCACGUCCUGGAGCUGCACCACAGCAAACUCAACACCACCAAGGCCAUCAACCUGCUCCCGGCCAACACUCAGAUCCGAGAGAUCCGGGUGUUCCUGGAGAGCGUGCUGGAGGAGAAGGCUCAGAGGAAACGCUGCAACCAGGUGCUGAAGAGUCUGCUGCAGGCCGAGUUCCUCCGGGUGCAGGAGGAGCGGAUCUUCCACCAGCAGGUUAAAUGUGUCAUCACAGAAGAAAAAACCUGCAGAGUCUGCAAGAAGAAAAUAGGAAACAGUGCGUUUGCCAGAUAUCCUAACGGCGUGGUGGUUCAUUACUUCUGCUGCAAAGAUCGCAACGUUUGUCCCACCGAGCAGUAACGGCUCCACCCGACAAAGACUGUUUACUAACAAACAAACAAUAAACCCCUCCCUCUCCUCUCGGUUGGAUUUCAACACUCGGACGUCUUUGAAGAAGAGCUCGAGUCAUUUUCAGACUGUGGAAUGGGAUGCUUGUUUUUCUGGAGCGCCUGGAGAAGUCGAUCAGAACUGGAGCGACGUUUUCUUUCUCUCUGUGCAUGAAGUAGCAGGAGGAAUGUCGAGAUUGCCUCAACAGGAGGGGGGAAAUAAGGAGAGGACGGCGGAGUCUGACAUUUAAAAAAAAAAGCACGUGUCACUGUAACGCUAGCGGGGAUCGUCCGCCCUGCACGCCGCCUCCGAGGAGCAUGGGAGCUUUGGACAGACGCGUACAGGAAGAGAAGGUUUUCUUUUGUAUUUUUGUGCACUCUUCCACCCCUCCUGUUAACACUGUGCACGCCUCAAACACUGCUUUAUCUGCCAUAUCCGCUCUGCAGGAGUUCUUUUUUAAAAUGCCUUUAGUGACUCUGAAGAUUGUACUCACGUCACCGUUGUGUGUUAGCAUGAGCCGGUACUGACUCCAGACUGUGUGUGUGAGUCUGGAUUUAAUUUAAUCGUCAUUCACACAUAUUUACUUUGCAUCAUUUAGUGUCUUCUGGUCGUGUGAAGGAUCUCUAACAUGCAGCGUCUUUAUGUCCGCCUUUUUUAUUUUGUGUUCUCUUUUGUUCCCCAGAUAUUAAAAGUUUAUGAAGAAGAAAAAUAUAUAAAGAGUCAGACCGUUUAACAUUUUAACACUCGCUCCGAGGCGCUUAACUAGUGUUGUAGUGGUCACAAUCAGUCUGGGUCUCAAGACCACUUUUUGAAGGUCUCAAAAGCAUCUUGGUCUCAGACUGGACGGAAUCCAGAUUUGAAAUCAAGACCAUCUCUGAUCGUCUAUUUUUCCUCGUCAUUACUGAGAUCAGAAGGAAAACUCCUCUUUCUACAAGAACUAAUAACUUGAAUUCAUUUGUAGUUUGAUUUUUAUCCCCCCGGUUACGGCUGCAACCUUCCCGGUGUUACGGUCUAAGUGAGGGACACGCCCCCUAAACACAGGAUGAUGAUUUUUCAGAGAUAUUCAUGCUCUUGGUCUUGACUCGGUCUUGGUCUCGGUCUUGGUCUCGGUCUUGGUCUCGGCCUUGGUCUCGGUCUCGGUCUUGGUCUUGGUCUUGGUCUUGGUCUUGGUCUUGGUCUUGUCUUUGCACUCUGGUCUCGGGUAGGUCUUUCUCUCGUGUGGUCUUGACUACAACACUAGGUCUUAACUGGCAAUUCCUCAAUAAUUACAUAAAUCUCAACAUUGUAGUUAUUGACAAAAAGAUUUUUCUGCAUUGUUUUUUUGACAAAGGAAGUAUUAAAAACAAUCUGCUGUAUUAAACAUACAUAUAGACUAUCACAGGUGUCGUGUACGUCCUUUAUGUAGCCUAUAAAACGAGGUUAACAAAUGAUCUUAAAAGUGACUAAAGCCACACUGAGUGAUGUUUAAUUCCAUCCCUGUCCUCACACAGGCUCUGUUUCUUUGUUCUGUUUUUACUUUAUUCUUCAAAGUAAUCCGUCGUUACAGCAGCAGAAGUCUCCUAUCAUGAGCCACCAAACGCUGGUUGAUGAUACGACACACAGAGCGACAUAAAAAACUCCUGAACAAGAGAGCGUUUGUUUGUGAGGAUUAUUUAGUUAUUUGUUCCUUCAGGAGUCACAAACAUAAUCACGCUGAAACACAUCACAAAGCUCAGCACUUUAAAAUGGACACACGUCCUGUUUUAUUUAUCAUCACAUCACACAUUCACCUGGGUCGGACUUUGAAGAAACUGGAAGGUAACGUGUUUCUGUGUGCUGAUGAGAAAACAAGCAAUGAAUGUCUGAUGUCAUCUGUGUCCACGGUGUUGUUGCUCAGUGACUCAAACUUUUCUGUCUAACCACAAAAGAAAAGAAAUAUUUCACUUUCCCCACAAGCUGUAGCAUCACCUCCUCCUCCUCCAAAGGUUUGCACUCAUUCUCUGCUAAGACUGUUUCUGAAUUAUCUUCAGUGUGCGUGUGUGUGUGAGAGCGUGUGUGUGUGAGGUCUGAGAGGGUUAAUGACAGAGUUCUUAUAGAAGUGAUUUGAUUCUGAGGGGCGACCCGUCUGUCUGUUUGGUCUGAAAUCAGUAAUAAAGAAACGUUUCCACUCAUGA